UGGAGUUUAGUGCGCGACCAUUUUUUCCAUAAUUUAGAUUUUUUCAACCAGGUUUUAUAAAACGCAAGGGAAUCGAGAUAAAUUCACAGUAUUUGAGCACUUUUCAAAUAUGUACAGCGAACCCGUUUGUGUGGAUGAUUUUGAGCAGCAUGCAAAAAGGAAACUACCAAAGUCAUACUGGGACUAUUAUUCUAAAGGAUCUUUUCCAGAGAUUUCUCUUAGAGAGUCGAAGGAUGCUUUUAAAAGGUUGAAGUUGCGUCCUAGAAUUCUAAGAGAUGUUUCCAACAUUGACAUGUCAACUACAAUACUUGGAGAUAAAAUUGAGUUUCCAAUUUGCGUUUCACCAACUGCUGUGCAAAGGCUAGCUCAUCCCGAUGGAGAGGUUGCCACAGCAAAAGCAUCCUGCCGUGCUGGUACCUGCAUGGUUUUGAGUACUUGGGCAUCAUCAACAAUCGAGGAAGUUGCACAAGGUUCUCGACAGGGCUUGAAAUGGUUUCAUGUGUAUCUUUUAACAAAUGAGGAAAACAAUCUGAAUCGCAUCCGUCGGCAGAAAGAGAGGGCUACAAAGCACUUGUUCUACGGUAGAUGCACCUUAUAGGGAAAUAGCCACCAUCGAUUGGAACUGCCUCCUCAUGUCUCGUAUGUCAACUCAAAGGAGUACAUGUACAUUCUCAAACACACCGACACUUCAACUAGAGAAGAAAUAGCUGGCGUGAACCCUGAAUUGACAUGGGAUGUGAUUCAAUGGUUGAGGUCCGUAACGAAACUGCCAAUUAUAUUGAAAGGAAUUUUGACAGCAGAAGAUGCAAGAUUGGCCGUACAACAUGGUGUUGAAGGUAUCCUAGUGUCCAGUCAUGGUGGGCGCGAGCUAGAUGGUGUGCCAGCAACUAUUGAAGUGCUUCCAGAGAUUGUGUCAGCAGUGAAAGGUCAAUGUGAGGUUUAUCUGGAUGGCGGUAUUAGAUAUGGUACAGACGUUUUCAAAGCUUUAGCAUUGGGUGCCAGAGCUGUCUUUGUUGGACGGCCUGUGUUGUGGGGUUUAACAUAUCAAGGAGAGGAAGGCGUAUAUAAAGUUCUCCAGAUUUUAAAGAAAGAAUUUAGAGUAGCAAUGGGUCUGUCAGGAUGUGCAAGUUUGAAAGAUAUUGUCAAAGAAAUGGUUGUCCAUCAAUCCUAUUAUUCAAAAUUAUAGAUUGAUGUGCAAGUUUGAAGGAUAUUUCAAAAGAAAUGGAUAUCCAUCAGUCCUAUUAUUCAAAAUUAUAUUCUGAUUUCACAACCCGCAAGAUUGAAAUGCAGAAUACCAGCAGCAUAGCUGUACUUUUAUGCCGUUUUAAAUAGCAUGCCUGCAACAUAAUUUUAACCUGCAAAAUUUGACUAAAUUUAUUAAAUAUGUAACUAAUUCUCAUUUUAAACUAAGCACUUGAUU